UUAAGCUGAGGCUAAAAGGGACCUCCGUCUCCAAAAUCUGAACGAUAGUCUCCGACCAUCCGACCGCUUGUGUGGCUUGUGCUUGUGGCGCGUGUGGUUGGAAAUUGGAAAUGCUCUAUCGUUUCGGAUGAACGCAGUGAGAUUAAUAGAACCAAUAUAGACGAUGGAGGAUUGCAAUCCUCCGGCGUCGAGUUUGUUUAUGAGGCUGUUUUCAGCCUUGUUAUAUGGUGUCGUGUCGUUCCUGAUCGUAGUCACCAACAAGGUUGUGUUGACAUCAUACAGGUUUCCUUCACCGCAAGUCCUUGCCAUAGGUCAGAUGGUCACGGCUAUCGUCGUCCUACGGGUGCUCAGAUCCGUAGAUAUAAUCAAUUUCCCGAGCUUCUCUCCGGGGCUAGUAAGAAAGGUAUUUCCAUUGCCAGUAUUAUAUGCUGCCAACGUUGUCACCGGCUUAGGAGGAACCAAGAAACUCAGCCUCCCAAUGUUCACCGUCUUACGGCGUUUCUCCAUCCUAAUGACCAUGGUGGGGGAGUAUUUGUUGCUCAAGGUAAUUCCUUCCACAGGUGUGACACUCUCAGUCUUUGCCAUGGUGGGAGGUGCGGUGGUAGCAGCAUGCCGUGACCUAGCAUUCAGCGUGGAUGGCUACACGUACGUCCUGCUGAACGAUUUUUUUACGGCGGCCAACAUGGUUUACGUGAAGCAGAAGCUGGACACAAAGGCACUAGAGAAAUACGGGUUGCUUUAUUACAAUGCCCUCUUUAUGCUGGGGCCCUUGUUGUUCAUCUCAUGGCUCACGUCAGACUUGUACGAGAGCCGCCAUUUUAAGCUGUGGCUCGACCCAUGGUUUGUGACGUCCUUCGUUGGUUCCUGCAUGAUGGGCUUCGGAGUGAUGUUUGCAGCCGUACUGUGUACGGCGCACAAUUCCGCGCUCACCACCACGGUCGUCGGGUGCCUCAAAAACAUCCUGACGACGUACCUGGGAAUGUACAUUGGCGGGGAUUACGUAUACAACCCCAUCAAUUUUUUGGGUCUCACAAUCAGUAUGGUUGGCAGUUUGGCCUACUCCUAUUUCACCUUUGCUAGAGGGAAGAGCAAGCCUGUGCCAUCAAAUGCGCCAUCCAAGGUAUGACAACAUGGUGGAAGAAACCCACACACACAACAAAAAAAUCUCUGUGGCAUUUUUUUUCUCUCCUCAGACGCUAACUUCGUCUCCGUGUUUUUUAACACGGUGCAAGAGUACACGAAAGUGCUGUCUUUCCAAAUGUGGACGACGUUGAGCAGUCACCAUUUUUUUUUUACAAAACAAUGUUUAUGUUUAUUGUGAGUUUAUACAUGAUUCUCUUAUUAUUCUUACGCCAUUUUCGUUCCAGCCGACGAUCAAAAUAUUUUAAAUAAAGUUGACAGUUGUCUACA